AUGCAGCACCGCACGCGUAACACCCAAGCCCCUGCUUCUGGCGCUGCUCAAAGGCGGGAAAUCUCGAUUCUCCUGUGGAACACCUGGCUCCUCCCAGGGCCCCUUUCAGACAACAACACCUACAACCGAGCCUCCCAAAUACCUUCCCACAUUGUCUCCCACGAUAUAAUCCUCCUGAACGAGGCCUUCACCCACAAAUCCUUAAUUAUUGAUGCCCUACGAUCUACCCACCCUUACGUAGCAACUUUACCCCGACGAUGCUGGUUCUGGCCAAUAUUCGAUUCGGGACUGGUAGUCCUAUCACGCUAUGCCAUUCUUGAAGUUCGAAGAACCAGGUUUGGAAAGCGUCGAAGGUGGGAUCUAUUCGCCGGGAAAGGUGGUAUAGGCGUCAGGAUCGAUUUAAGUAGACGGUAUAAACCCGAACGAUCGGAUGUCCAACGGCAACAACGGGAGUCUGUUACUGCUAGACCGAUGUUGACUGGGAAUCCCGAGUACGACGAUACCGAAGAUUCGUAUAGCGAUACUGAAUCCCAAACCGACGAUGAUAGCGACAACGAUGACGAUGACGAAGAGGAGCAGUUCCCACCAAAGACGAUAGAUAUCUACAAUACACACAUGCAGGCCGGCAACAGUCGUGGAGAACACGCUGCCCGCCAUCACCAAUCCGUCCAACUCGGACAGUUUAUCGCACAAAACUCGUUCAGAGCUUCGGCUGUCAUUUUAGGAGGAGAUCUCGGUAUGGGACCGAUAUUAGAGAGUGUGCAUUACGCGGAUGAUCAGGACGCUAAAGAAAGAGUCAAGGCUUAUGGAAUGUUGAAGGAGGAGAGCGGACUGGAUGAUGUUAAAGUACUCGUUGAAGGGAAAGGAGGGGAUAUUAAUAGGUUUUUGACAAGAGGAGUGAGAGUCGUCAAGGUUGAGUAUCCCGACGUACCUGUCGUGAAGCAGGGGAAGGGUAAGGGGAAGAAGUUGAGUCAUUCGGAUAUGGUUGUGUUGAAAGUGAGGGUUUGA